AUGGAUGAAGAAGACUUUGAGGCUUUCGUUGUGUUUGCUGGAAUUGGAGAAGAAUUUUGCAUGGAUGAAGAGGAACUGCUACUGCUGGAAGGUUUGUUGGGGCAGAAUUCAGCACAUGACAUGAGUGUUGAAGAGCUCCUGAGCUUGGAACAACAGAUGAGAGACGAUGACGAUGAAGAUGAUGCGGUAUGGUACUUCUCUGACUCAAAUUCUGACAAUGAAGAACAUGAUAACACAGAAAUCAUAAGUGAAGAAGAAAAUAACAUUUCAACUAAAAAACCAAAUUUACCAAACAAUUUAAGAAGACAACUAGUCCUUGACCUUUUUUCGGCCGCUUCAGCAGAGCUUGUGUUGCCUAGGGGGAUGGUGACUCAUGUUGUACUCCAAUAUGCCAUAAGUAGGUUCACUGUGAACAGAAUUUGGGGAGAGGCCAAAAGACAAAAGUUGGCUGGUUUGGAGGUUAAUGUAUCAAGUAAGAAAACCAACAGUGGGAGAAAGCCCCUCAUAACAGAUGAGGAAGCUCUUAGGGCAGUUCCUCUAAAGCAAAGAACUACCAUGAGGUCAUUUGCAACCGCUUUAGAGGUUAGCCCAUCAACUAUUUAUAGGCUUCUCAAGAAAGGAAUACUUAGGAGUCACACAAAUUCCAUCAAACCAAAAUUGACACCAAAGCACAAAACUGAUAGACUAAAGUUCAUUUUGUCACACAUCAUACCACCCACAGUUACAAGCAAGCCAAGGUUUGAUUGUUUAUACAAUAUGGUGCAUAUAGACGAGAAGUGGUUCUUUAUGAGCAGAAUUACACAAAGAUUCUACUUACUAUCUGAUGAAGAGGACCCAUAUAGAGCUUGUCAAUCAAAGAAUUUCAUCACAAAGGUUAUGUUUGAAGCUGCAAUUGCAAGGCCGAUAAUUACGCCUAAUGGAGAGGUCAUUUGGGAUGGAAAAAUAGGCAUUUUUCCAUUUGUAGAUUAUAUUCCAGCACAAAGAAACAGCUCAAAUAGACCAGCAGGCACCAUAGAAACAAAGGCAAAACAGAGUAUAAUAAGGAAACCAUCAGGGAAUUGA